AUGGCCUUUCCUGCAGGAUUCGGAUGGGGGGCAGCCACCUCUGCUUAUCAGGUGGAAGGAGGCUGGGAUAUGGAUGGAAAAGGCCCUAGUGUCUGGGACACAUUCACCCAUCAGGGAGGAGAGAGAGUUUUCAAGAACCAGACUGGUGAUGUGGCUUGUGGCAGCUACACUCUGUGGGAGGAAGAUUUGAAAUGUAUCAAACAGCUUGGAUUGACUCAUUACCGCUUCUCUCUUUCCUGGUCACGUCUGUUACCUGAUGGGACGACAGGUUUCAUCAACCAGAAAGGAGUCAACUACUACAACAAGAUAAUCGAUGACCUAUUAACAAAUGGGGUCACACCCAUAGUGACCCUCUACCACUUUGACUUACCUCAGGCUUUAGAAGACCAAGGAGGUUGGCUGUCAGAAUCCAUCAUUGAAACAUUCGACCAGUAUGCUCGACUCUGCUUCAGUACAUUUGGAGAUCGAGUCAAGCAGUGGAUCACCAUGAAUGAGCCCAAUGUGCUAUCUCUGUUGGCCUAUGAUCUUGGCUUCUUUCCUCCUGGUGUACCCCACUUAGGAACUGGGGGUUAUCAGGCAGCUCAUAAUAUGAUUAAAGCUCAUGCCAGAUCCUGGCACAGUUAUGACUCCUUAUUCAGAAAAGAACAAAAGGGGAUGGUGUCCAUAUCACUUCUGGCCGGCUGGCCAGAACCAGCAGAUCCCAGCUCACUCUCUGACCAGGAAGCUGCUAAAAGAGCCAUAGCUUUCCACCUGGAUUUCUUUGCUAAACCCAUCUUUGGUGAUGGUGAUUAUCCUGAAGUUGUCAAGUCCCAAGUUGCCUCUGUGAGUAAAAAGCAAGGUGACCCAUCUUCGAGGCUCCCAGAAUUUACAGAAGAAGAGAAGAGAACCAUCAAAGGCACCGCAGACUUCUUUGCUGUGCAAUAUUAUACGUCUCGCUUAGUUAAGCACCGGGAAGACACAAAGGGAGAAAGAGGAAUUCUUCAGGAUGUGGAGCUGGAAUUUCUUACAGACCCAUCAUGGAAAAGUAUGGAUUGGGUCCACGUGGUGCCAUGGGGGCUACGUAAAUUACUGAAAUAUAUCAUGGACACGUAUAAUAACCCUGUAAUUUACAUCACGGAGAAUGGGUUUCCCCAGAGUGACCCCGCAUCUCUUGAUGACACUCAGCGCUGGGAGUGUUUCAGACAGACAUUUCAGGAACUGUGCAAAGCGAUCCAAGUUGAUAAAGUCAACGUCAAAGUGUAUUGUGCAUGGUCUCUUCUGGACAACUUUGAGUGGACCCAGGGGUACAACAGCCGGUUUGGUUUAUUCCAUGUUGAUUUUGAAGACCCGGCCAGACCUCGGGUUCCUUACAGUUCAGCCAAGGAGUAUGCCAAGGUCAUCCGGAACAAUGGUCUAGAUGGACACUAG